AUGUCUUCCAACGAUACUAAGGAAUCAUCAUCGUCUUCUCUGUCAUUGAUGGGGAGGUUUGCCAAAUUCCAAGACGACCAACGGUUAGAGCGUCUUCAGACACAUUGCAAGAGUUUGGACGAUUUGUUCAAGACCUGUUUGAAGAAUAGAAGAUCAGAUUCCGAAGCCAUCGAACAACGAGGACUGCCUUUGAGGAGCAUCAAGUAUUUUGAUUGGAGAGGGAUUGCCAAGGAUCAUCCGGAUGUAGAAAAGACUUGUGCUCGGGAAGAACAUUUGGUAUGGAGUUGUCGUGCGGUUGCUAUUGGCUGUGGUAAGGAUUUGGGGGAACUCAAGAAGUGCUUUGAAGACGAGGGUCCGCUUCGGAUUUUGUCAGCUCCCGGCACUGCCUAUGAAGAAUCGGACAAUAACAAAAAGGCAAAGAUUCCUUGUCGAAAAGUCCAAGAAUCUUUGGGCAAUUGUGUCAACAAGGGUGCCUAUGAAUUGUACGAAAGAAGACGGAAACAACAAUCGAAUGGUUCCGUAGAGGGAAAGUAG